CUUGUCCUCUCUCUCUCUCUCCCUCCAUGUUCUGAUUCUCUGCAAAUCGAUUACUCUGCAAAUCAAUUAGUAAAAGUUUCAUCUUUCUCUCUAGUUUGUUGGUUCUAAUGCAUUAAUUUGAGUAUGAGAAGUGAGCCCACCUCUAUGAGUUCCAUGUGCGCGCCUCCAACAAUGCUCUCAAUUGAGGAUGCCACCCACAUUGUGCUCAGCAGAGCCCAGGGCUUGGAACCCAUCACAGUGCCAUUGCCAGAAGCACUUGGAUUGAUUUUGGCAGAAGAUAUUAAGGCUCCUGACCCAUUGCCUCCAUUUCGUGCAUCUAUCAAAGACGGUUUUGCAGUUGUUGCGGCUGAUGGUCCAGGUGAAUAUCCUGUGAUCGCUGAAGCAAGAGCUGGGAAUGAUGCUGAGGGAAUGAUAAUCACUCCUGGAACUGUUGCUUAUAUAACUACUGGAGGGCCUGUACCUGAUGGUGCUGAUGCUGUUGUACAAGUUGAGGAUACUGAACAAAUCGAAGACACUCCAGAUGGUUUAAAAAGGGUCAGAAUAUUGGUGGCAGCCAACCCGGGCCAGGAUAUUCGACCUGUGGGGUGUGACAUUGAGAAAGGUGCAACUAUAUUAAGGAGGGGCGAGCAUAUAGGUACCGCAAAGAUUGGUCUACUUGCCUCGAUGGGGAUGGUGAUGGUAAAGGUUUAUCCGAGGCCAACUGUAGCAGUCUUGUCUACAGGAGAUGAGCUUGUGGAGCCAGCAACUCGCGUUCUUGGCCGUGGCCAGAUUAGAGAUUCCAACCGUGCCAUGCUACUUGCUGCUGCUUCUCAGCAGAACUGUAAAAUAUUGGAUUUGGGCAUUGCUGGUGAUGAUGCUGAACAUCUUGAGAAGACUCUUGAUGAAGCUAUCUCUGCUGGGGCAGAUAUUCUUCUAUCUUCUGGAGGUGUUUCCAUGGGAGACAGAGAUCUUGUCAAGCCUUUGUUAGAAAAGCGGGGAACCAUAUAUUUCAACAAGGUCUUGAUGAAGCCUGGAAAGCCACUAACCUUUGCAGUAAUUAGCACUAAUUCUAUGGAGGGCAAGCCAAAUAAGAAGAUACUUGCCUUUGGGUUGCCUGGAAAUCCUGUGAGCUGCAUAGUAGGUUUCCAUCUUGUGGCUGUUCCUGCCAUUCGUUGCCUUUCUGGCUGGGAGAACCCUAAGCUCCAAAGGGUGCAAGUUCGUAUUGCAGAGGCUAUAAAGGCAGAUCCUAUUCGACCAGAAUUUCACCGUGCCAUAAUUACGUGGGAGCAUAAUGAUGGAUCUGGCAAUCCAGGUUUUGUUGCCCAGAGCAGUGGCCAUCAAAUGAGCAGUCGUCUCUUAGGCAUGAAGUCAGCAAAUGCAUUAUUAGAGUUGCCAUGCUCGGGAAAAGUACUUCCAGCUAAAAGUUCUGUUCAAGCCAUAUUAAUUUCAGAUAUAUGCAGCACACCUCUACCUUUUGUUCCAGAGAGUUUGGGGCCUCUGUCAUUCGGUCAAAAUGGCUGUAGUACAACCAGCAUAAUGAGCACUGAAAGUUUAACUGAGUUUCAAGAUGCCCCAGUGAAGGUAGGAAUUCUUACAGUGAGCGACACAGUUGCAGCUGGGGCUGGACCUGAUGGAAGUGGUCCAAGGGCGGUUUCCGUCAUAAAUUCUUUGUCAGAAAAGUUAGGAGGAGCAAAAGUGGUGGCAACAGCCGUAGCUCCAGAUGAGGUCAAUGAAAUCCAAAAUGUUCUGAAAAAUUGGAGUGAUGUCAAGAAAGUCAAUCUAAUUCUAACUACAGGUGGGACGGGCUUCUCUCCCCGUGAUAUUACCCCGGAAGCAACAAAGAGUUUAAUAGAGAGAGAGGCUCCUGGACUUCUCCAAGUGAUGCUACAAGAGAGUCUCAAGGUGACCCCAUUUGCCAUGCUCUCUCGUGCCAUGGCGGGAAUAAGAGGAUCCACACUCAUAAUCAACAUGCCUGGCAACCCAAACGCUGUAGCAGAAUGUAUAGACGCUUUAAUGCCUGCUCUACCCCACGCGCUGAGGCAACUAAAGGGCGACAAAAGAGAAAAGCAUCCACUCCAUGUCCCUCAUUCCCAGGCUGAACCUUCAGAUACAUGGGAACGCAGUUUUCGGUCUGCCUCUACGGCAUCAAAACAGUGUGAUUGUGAGAAGUGAGAGAGAGAGAGAGAGAGAACGUGUAAGGGCAACUCUUUUGAGAGCACUUGGUUCCCAUUGAAGCUAAAUUUAUUGAAUGGCUCAUGUAUGAGUGUAUGUAUAUGUACGUGAUAUGCACACAUGGCAUGUAUACCAUCAAACCAUAUAUCGGUAUUUUAGGAUUUUGUUUUGAUUUCCAGUACUUUCCAGUUACACUUGUAAGCUUUGAAAAGUCAUCUGCUUGGAAUAAAUAAAGGAAUACAAAAUGGGAAGUAUCAUCAAUGAA